CGUUAUGAGUCGAUAAAUAAUUCAGCGGACGAAAACAUGGAGGACGACGACAUAGAAUACGAUAUAACUUUUCCAUCGCCCAGUGCGGGGAUAGAUGACAGUGAUGAGAUGCUCGAUGAUUAUGUCAUCGAAGGAGAAUCGAAAGAACCGGUUAUAAUUCUCAUUGGAUGGGCUGGAUGCAAACCAAAACACCUUACAAAAUAUUGCAAGAUUUAUGAAAAAAGGUGCAUUACCAUCCAGUAUAUCCCACCAACUGAUGUUUCAUACGUGAAGCCCAAACUGAUGACAAACCUGGCCAAGAAAGUUCUAGAUCUCAUCAAGGACUUCAACCUUGAAGCCAACCCAAUCUUCUUUCACAUCUUCAGCAACAAUGGGAGCUUCAUGUACACAGAGAUCACAAAACUGCUGACUUCUCCAGGAAACAAGUACAGAAAUCUGCAGGUCAAAGGUACCAUCAUAGACAGUGCCCCAGGUAAGAGGAGAGUCAUGAGAGCUGCCUGGGCAUUUGCCAUAGCAUCUGGACAGAGAGGAUUAGCACGUUACAUAGCGUAUAUUGGAAUGAUGUUUUACCUGGUGAUCCUGCGUGUGUAUCUUUUCUUCCUGAUGCUUUUUAGUGGGGAUAAUUCAGCUAAUCCAAAUCACGUCUACAAUGACAUCAAAGAAGACAAAACGAGGUGGCCCCAGCUCUUCAUCUUCUCAGAUGCAGACAAGGUCAUCCCUGCAUCAGACAUCACAGAAAUCGCAGAGUACAGACGGGAUCGGUUUGGGGUGACAGUUGAUACCCUACAAUUUGAGGAUACAGAUCAUGUGGCCCAUUUUAAGGAUCACCCUGAGGCUUAUACCUUAAAAUGCAACACAUUCCUAGACAAAUGUCUGAAGGGUAACAGAGAUGUUGAAUGUAUAGAAAAAGAAAUUCCAGAUCAGUAAAUCACUCAUGCUAAAGGUUUCAAAUACCGGUAUUUAAUUUUUGAGAAGUUUUACUGCAAAAAAAAAAAAUUAAUAUGAAAUAUUACUUUCACAGAAGAUGCAACACUGAACAGCUUUGGUUCAAUCAGUGGAUAUAUAUUCGGUAGUUAUGCAUAAGUAAAUGCUUAAAACAGAAUGACUUUCACAUAGAAAGUGGACCACUCAACAAUAAAAAUAUAUUUUAUUUUGGCUAACACUGAGUGACACAGUCCAGGCCAUAACUUUAAAACUCAUGAUAAAAAUUUAGUUUUAAUAUUAUAAACAAAAUGUAUUGCCAUUUAAAGAUUUCACAGCUUUAGAAAUAUAGCUCUGAGGCUGGUAGAGUGGCAUUAAAGAGACUUGGCUAAAUUUAGUAUUUAGUACAUGUCUGUUGAUCAAUUAAAUUGUACCGCAGUGAAUGUGUACAAUAUGUUGCAGUUUGCCGUUAUGUUUUUAAAAUUUUAUGUGUACUGUGUGUUCCAAAGUUUUGUUUUUAGAUGUUUAUGACUUUGCAUUUAUGAUCAAGGACCUAUAAUGACAGAAUUAAUACAUUGCAUGCAUUUAAGGGGACAUUGUUUUUGACUGUCUUACUGCCUAAUGAUGAUUUGUAGUAAAAUGUUUACCAGGGUAUUGCUUGAAACAUUUUUAGCAUUUAUUUGCAUUUUGUGAAAUAAUGAAUUUUCUGUGUGAAAUUCUCUGAAAGUGAGAUACAUGUCUGCUAAUUAUUUUCAAAGGCUUUUUUUUAAGCAUUCCUUAUUAGUGUUGGCUACUUCACUCAUACACAUUUUCAUGCAUCAUCUAUCAAAUGAAAUUUAUUUUUAGAUGGUAUAUUGCAAAAUAUUAGGUUUAUAUUUUAUGUACAUUAUGAUAUUAUUUGUACCGCAUAGGUGUAUUGAUGUACGUUGUUAUAAUGGAUUAAUUCUUUAGUCCACGUUAAUAAUGUACUUCACAUAAAGAAAGGUGCUACCACUUGCUGUUGUAUUAAAGACCUGGCCCCGGGAUCAUGAAACAUCUUCAGCUUACGUCAAUAGACAAGCAGAUCAAAAUUAAAAUAUUUUUCAAUAUUGCUUUACAAAAGUGUUGUUAUCUGCAAAUUUAAAGAUUGAUUCAACAAUUAAGAGCAUUUUACAAGCGAUUAAAAAUUUGACUUAAACCUGUCUGUUUUAUGAUCCUGGGGCCUGAUUUAUCCAAUUCAAACGUAGAAAAUGUACUAAUUUCUUUCAAGCAGAGUGAUUUCAAAGAAUUAAGCUUUUUUGUUGACUGGAUGUUUGAAUGACUGAAAACAUAAGAUAUACUUUUUGAUAAUUUUAACGAUAAAUACCACAACAUAAUAAAUAAUUAUAAUUCUCUCUCGCUCUCUCUCUUUCUCUGUAUAUGUUUACACAAUUAUUUGAAUCUCUAAUGUUAAUGUAUACACAUGUACUUGAAACCCAGAUUUGUCCAUCCACUGCUCAAAAAAAUUGCUUCUGCAUUUUUCCGUGUUAGCUCAGUUUUACCGGUAAUCUCUUUAAUACUGUAUAUUAUUUUUUUUUUUCAAUAUUUACAGACAUCAUCAAAGUACCACUUCAAAAUUUUUAAAACUCACUGUCAUUUACUCUUGUAGAGUUUAACGUGGCUAUACUUCAGAAAUUAUUAUUUUUAAUCUAUGUAUAUACAACUAAACUGCAUAGAAACAAAGAACUGUAUAAUGAGGUGUCCCUCUCAACAGGAUUUUAUACCAUGAUUUUGCAUAGAGAUAAUUAAAUUACACUUUAUAUUGAGUUCAAUCUAAACAGUAUUUUCUGAAUUUAUAUUGUGUGGAAUUCCACAUUUUCACAUUAUGAGAAAUCACACAUCCACCAUAUUUUUUUGUUUAUGAUGAAGACAUAUUGCUUGGUGUUUGUUAGGAAUUAUACAAAUCAAUAAAAGAAAUUGUAGAAUUUUU